UAUGAGUACGAGUCGAGUCGGAAAUAGAGCAACAAUAUGCGUUGCGAGAAAAAUACUUCGAACCAACGGACGAAUACCGGUUUAUACACUUGAUGUUUGGUUAUUAAGUUCUUAAUUUUUAGGUUGAAGAGAGAUGAAACAGAGGUAGGGGAUGUUGAAGAAGCUAUCGUGUGGUUAUCGUGGAAUAAUAGACUGAAAUUCUCAAAUACUUAUUCAAAAGGAGGAGGAAAAUAAAAAGAGUGGAGGAAUUUCCAAUCAAGAUCACUCUGAUGGUUUUAUAGAGGAGGAGUAGGAGGAGGACUUGAUUCUCACAGUGAGCUGCUUAUAGCAGCCUGCAACCACAGAGUCACCAUGGUGCUCUCACAAAGACAGAGAGAAGAGCUAAACAAAGCUAUUGCAGACUAUCUCCGUUCAAAUGGCUAUGAAAAAGCCCUUAUGGAAUUCCAGAAAGAGGCUGAUAUGUCUGACGAAUUGGAACGAAAAUACAAUGGUCUCUUGGAGAAGAAAUGGACUUCGGUUAUCAGAUUACAAAAGAAAGUUAUGGACUUAGAAAUGAAGCUUAAUGAGGCAGAAAGAGAAUUUAGUUCAGGCGGUCCAAACAGGGAGAAGCGGUCACCAACAGAAUGGAUACCUAGACCCCCAGAGAAGUACGCACUAACCGGUCAUCGUAGCCCUAUUACUAGAGUCAUCUUUCAUCCCGUCUAUAACGUCAUGGUGUCAUCGUCAGAAGACGCCACUAUCAAAGUCUGGGAUUAUGAGUCAGGAGAUUUUGAACGUACACUAAAAGGUCACACAGACUCAGUUCAAGAUAUAUGUUUCGAUCACGCAGGCAAGAUGCUAGCUUCCUGCUCGGCUGAUAUGACGAUCAAGUUGUGGGAUUUCUCCACCUUUGAAUGUAUGAAGACCCUCCGUGGCCAUGACCAUAACGUCUCCUCGGUUAGUUUCCUUGCAACAGGAGAUCACCUAGUCUCAUCCUCUAGGGAUAAAACCAUCAAACAGUGGGAGGUAUCCACUGGAUACUGUGUGAAGACAUUCACUGGACAUAGAGAGUGGGUUCGUAUGGUUAGGCCAAGUCCAGAUGGAUCUCUACUGGCUUCUGCUUCUAAUGAUCAGACCCUACGUGUUUGGGUGGUAGCUACCAAGGAAUGUAAACUAGAACUGAGGGAGCAUGACCAUGUGGUGGAGUGUGUAGCUUGGGCUCCGGAAUCGGCAUACCCCACCCUGAAUGAACUUAAAGGAGUAGAGCUGAACAACUAUGAUGGUCUUGAGAAGAAAGGAGUUCGCUCUACGCCAUUCCUUGUGUCUGGCUCACGUGACAAGGCUAUUAAGAUCUGGGAUGUCAGCGCUGGAGGUUGCAUCAUGACUUUGACUGGACACGAUAACUGGGUGAGAGGAGCCGUGUUUCAUCCCGGUGGCAAGUUCAUCAUCAGUGUGGCUGAUGACAAAACAUUACGUGUGUGGGACUACAAGAACAAACGCUGUGCAAAGACAUUGCCAGCCCAUGACCAUUUCACCACUACGCUAGAUUUCCAUCGGUCCGCCCCAUACGUGAUAACAGGCAGCGUGGAUCUAACCAUCAAGGUCUGGGAAUGCCGUUGAUGAUGACUGUUUCGUUGCAAGCUACCCCUUCUCCCACCUCAGUUUAUCCUGGAUAUGCUCUGUAAACACCUUUGUCAUCUUCACUCCUCUUCUCUUACUCCUCAAUGAUGCAGCAUGGUACACCUUCAAGCAACCUCUGAUGUUGGAUGAUCGCUACAGGACACAUCUUUGUUGAUUCUUCAGUGAGAAGCUGCUGUAUAUCAGCGCAUGAAUGUAAUCAUAUCAAAGCAUUUGGAAGCAGCAUAAAAUGCCCACAAGAAGGCUAAAACAGCAUAUGUUUAUGAUUAAAAGAGGGAUAAAGCAAUUGUAAUUCUUUUGACAAUUCUCCAUUUUUGCAGAAUAGCCAUGAUACAUUUUUGUUGAUAAUGCUUCUAUAACUUAUGCUCUGGUGAUCGUUCAAGCAAAAAGGUUGUACGUGCUCUAUUUAUAAAUGAAAAAUUAAUGUAUCAACAGUGCCAGUCAGGAGAUGAGGAGGUGAAUAAAAUGAUUUUAAGGCAUGUUUUAUUUUCUCUCAAGAUAUAUUUUUGUUGCAAUACUGCUAUUCAGGAAUAUUUUUUGUUCAGCAUAUGCAGUCAACAAUUGGUGAGGUUCUUAGGAUACAAGUGUGAAUGGAAGAAGGAUUUAAGUAAUUUUUUUGAGAGGAGCUUCGUUGUAGGUUUGCUUCUUAUGCAUCAUGUAUCUAAUGUGGAUGAGUUUAUGAUGUUUUGCAAAUUGGCAAGAAUAUUUGGACUUUACAUUAUGAUAUGAUAUAUAAACUAUUAUGAGCUGCACUCAUUAUUGUAGUCAAACAUUUUUAUGUUUAUAACUUUUCAUUUCACCAGGGGUCUGUAUCACAAAGCUUAGCUAUUGAUCGUAAAGUUGAUUUAUACACUUGAUUGUACAUUACGAUCAAUACAGUAAUCAGUCAUAAAAAGCAGUCCUGCGAUCAAUCGCUAAGCUUUGUUUUACAGAACCUGUAUGUUGUGAUGUACAUUCUCUAGUGGUCUGCAUCGUUCUACAAGUCAAAGUCUCUUUAUUUUUAUUAUGCAGAACUAUUGCAGAGCCAAUCAAUUUGGACAUGACAUAGUCGUUAAUUAAGGCUUCAUUUGGAAGCUACAGUGUGAAUACAAAGAUGCUAUCAUCAAUAAAUCUAACUUAAAGAUUCAGCAGCUCAGCAAAUUAUUGUGAAUUGUGCAUUGGUGAAUGUUGAGAAUUGUAAUGCGAUAUUAUUACGCUCGGUCCAAUCGAGGUACCAUUUGGUUUAAUUGAUGUAUAUAGGAAGUAAUAUUGAUAAACUAAUUGCUACCAAAAUCGCUGUAUAAAAAGCACAGAAUUCUAAAUUGAAUAGGGCGUCAGUGACCCUUUAUAGCCACAGGUACGUGUAGUCUGUGACUUGUAGCAUAGCUGUAGAGCUAGUGUAAUGUAUCGUAUGUGUGAAUGUAGUCAAUGUUUCAAUGAUGAAUAUCUCCUCCCUCUUAUAUAGUAACUAUAGAUUGUACCCAUUGACUGACAGUGUGUGUAUAUUUAUCUCGUUUGGGUGGUGCGCAACCCCUAAUCACAUACUACUUACAUAAUGUUGUACAGAUCUAUGUGCAGAAAAGAUAGUCUAUGGUGUGACAAAGAAUACACAUGGGUGCAUAUGUAGUGAUUUUAAAUGGAACUGUAUUGUAAGGAAUUCCCUGUAACACAGAACACAGUGAUUGAUCAUAAGACAUGUUUUUAUGAUUGAUUUCAGUGACCACAAUGUGCAAUCAAUCAUGAAAAUAAACCAUGCAAUCAAUUGCUCACCUUUGUGUCAUCAGGACCCGUGUGAAAUAUUUAUGGCAUUCAUUGUACACACCUUGCAUUAUCAUUGUUCACCAUUUGCAUGUAUGUGACACCAUUCUCAUUAUACAUCAAGAUAAAGUUAAUGUGUAUUUGGCAAUCAUUAUAUGGAAUCGAUUUUGAAUGAAACAAUGAUGGGAGUACAUAAUGAGACACCGGUAAUAAACGGUUAGAACACCAACACAUGCAUUUCCAGAAAUCUUUCAUUGGCAUUCAAAUAUAAUUUGGCUUACUGAAAGCAAUGAACACAUCUGCACAUUGAAAGUCAUAGUAAUUUUUUUUAAUUUAAUAUUUUAGCCCAUUCCCUCUGUGUUCAUGUGAAAUUAUCAUUGACAUACAAAUAGAUCAUAUCUGCCUUCAUGGUAUACGUUGCCUUGCUACAUGUUGUAGUAGUUGUUUCAGUAAUGUGCAUGCAGACUCAAGCAGGAUAUAAAGGACACCAAUUAUAGGAGUUUUUAUUUAUAUUAACCUAUACAUGUAUAUUUCUUUUGUAUUUGAGACAAAAUAGAUUUGCAUUAUAGUUAUACGUGAUGUUCUGCUUGUUCCGUUCCAUAUCGCUUAAUUUCACAUUUUGAUUUCAGGUGUCAGCCAGUACUUGCGUCGUCCUUGAAAGUUUGUGAAACGCAAUCAUGCAACCCCAUAUAUAUGUUUACCUCAAAAAAAAAAUGUACAACCUGAGUUGCAUUUGUUAUCUUCCCUAUUUUGGUCAAUUCUAAUGUUAUGUUUUGAUAUAAUUGCUGUAAAAAGGAAAUGAGAGGAAAUAUUAUUUUUUCAUGCACACGAUUGAAUAUACAUUUUACAAUUUGAUUACGCCAUAGCCAAUGAAUGUCUUUAAUCGUCGUUCCCUUUAGGGUAGAGAUAAUUUUGUAGAUCGAGCAAACUCCACAAUCUGCCUUGUGGCUGUCAUGUAAUAAGCUUAUCACCUGUUAACACUUGAUUGUAUGAGAUUUUAAAAAAAGGAAUAAUUGAUAUUGUUAAAUACUUGCAUUAUUUCUGCCAUCGAGGCAUUUGAUUUAAUACAAAAAUGUUGGUAUAUAUUUUGAGAAAUAUUUGAUGAUAUAUCUUACUAUGGAAGUCUUAACAUAUCUGUAUCAUUACUGACAAAUGUGCAUGUCAGUGGUGAGAUAAGAUGGUGUAGAUGAUUUUUAAAGCAGUGCAUGUUUGGGGUUAUUAACACAAGCAUGGAAUUUCAUGGAAAUACAUGCACGUCUUCAGCAGACGACGCAAACUGGUAAAUCCAGCGAUGGAGUUUGUGUGGGGAAUUUGCAAUUUGUAUGAUAAAAUGAUAUGUAAAAAAGAGGACGAGGGAAUUUACUAACAUACAUACAUGUAAAUGUUUCAAGUCAUGUGUAAAUUUUGUGUAAUGUCAUUUAAAAGCUGCUUUGAAAAUUUAGAAUUAAACUUGAUGACUCGAAAGGAUGGUUAGCUUGAUGGAAAAUUAGGUAUGUUGUCAAAGUCAAUUUUAGACAUUGCUCAGUGUGAAAAAUGAAUUAUGAUAAUGUAUAACAAGGCUUGCUAUAUAUGGAGACCACUAUAUUACACUGAGGAAUUGAACCUCUUUGUUACAUCUAGGUUGUUAGUCAUAUAAAUGGUGCAUUUAUCAUACAGUAAAUCUGCUUCAAGAAUCAAGCCUCAUAGUAGCCAUUGGUUUGAUAUUUUGUUUGAAGUUUGCUUUUCACCUGUAAUACAAGCACACAACUCAAUUGCUGAUUAGAGCACUUGGUAGCAUUGUGGAGAUAUUCAACAAAAAAACAGAGGGGGAAAAAAUCUGAUCCAUGUCGUGUGUCAAAGGUCUUGGGCAACAGUAGAAAAGUGCUAACUGUAGAAAUUCAUUGAUAUUGUAAGCCACGCCUCCAUAGUUAGUCACGCCCCAUUGUGGAUCCCUUGUUCAUGCACUGUACUACUAUCCAGCCAUGUAGACUUGAUGUCACGCAAGUAGUAGAAAUUAAUAACUAUCAUAAUUGUUUUUGAGGUGUACAUAUUUCUACAAAUCUAUACAUCUAUUUGCCUUGUUUUUCUUUCCAAAUAGGUGAAAGAUGAUGUAGGUUCUUUCUAGGCAUCAGUCAAUAGUCAAGAGCUACAUAUGAUAGAAGCACAGAGAGACGCUUUAUGAUCAUCUGAAAAAAAAAGUUAUACAAGAUGAAGGUAGGUUUUCACAAAGAAAGAAAGAAGUCAUUCACAAUCUCUUUGUGAAAGCCCUCCAUCAUAUAUGAUCUUGGUUUGAGGGGUUCAUAUGUGAUACCACUUUCAGUUGGCAGUGGGGGUGGGUUAGUCAACAAUUGUCUUUGUUUUAUUCCUCAAGUUUGACAUGUAAUUCUCACACACGUUAAAUAUCACCAAUUCCAUUUUUGGCAAGUUUUCAUUGUUAUGAAAGCACUCAAAAGGUUUCUUCAAGAACAUAAUGACAAGAUUUAGGGAUGGAGGCACUGGAAUUACUGUAAACAUAUCACUUGGAAACUUGUUAAAACGAGGACAUUGGAUAAAUUGAAAUUAUAUUGCAUUGUCUUUACGUAAUGACCACUGAUGUUUGAAACCAGAAAGGUUAAAAUCAAUUCACAAUUCUUUAGAAUACAUCUGUAAUGUACUGUAUGUACAUUUCUAGUAAGAGGUAACUAUCAAAAACUUGUUCGAAUGUGGUGCACAUGAAUUUAUUUUUUAGUGUAGAGUAGACAUGAUAUGUCUCCAUCAGAAAAAUUUACUGGGUAAUGAAAAUCAAAUAUUGUAUCUAUCUGCAUUAUAUCCAUGUAAGCUCUGAUAAUUUAGCCUGUAUGUGUAAAGCAAAGGAGCGCAAGUGUAACUAUGUUAUAAUGUCUUUUGUGUAAAUAAUCUUAGAGAUCAUAAAGAUGUCAUGUUUAAUGAAUCAAUCGGCCUGUGUUAUGCUUCAAUAUUAAAACAAUGUGACAUGCUGUGUAACACUA